AUGUACAACGACGAUGCUCUGUUCGUGAUCGCAACCAGCUGUCUCAUAGAAGUCACGGUCAUCCGUUCAGAUCGAUCGCCGUUUAAUUGGGCGGCUUUGGUGACAACCGUUGCCCAAGACAACCUAUCCGAAUGCGGGGUAAUGCAACCGACUGAAAAAGCGGCACAAAUGUUCACCGUGAAGAGGGUCCACGGUGCUCCUGACGCUGACGCCAGUUUCAUUCAGUGGCGAGGAGAUGUACCGACAGAUGCAACUCAACGGCGAACCAAUGUCCGCACUCAGACCGUUUCACUCAACGUCAAGUGA